UUUUUGUGGCGCGAGGAGACUUCGCGAGCCACUUCCUGUCUGAAAACUAACGUUAACGUCACAUUCAUCGAUUUAACGGCUUUAAGUGAAAUAACGUGAAAUAACGUGAACUAACGUUAGCAGUUGAGCAGUUACCGUUAACAUGAGUUCGUUGGUGAAAGACAACCCGCUGCUUUUACCGCUCAACCAGGAGAAAACUGUCUACGACGGGUUCAUCACUGUCCAGGAACGAGACUUCAGAUUAAGAAUCCUGCUGCCCCCGGAUCACCAGCUGUCCCGGGCCAGGCUGCACUGCUGCUGCCAGUUGAAGCACCUGUUGCGUGGCUACGAGCUCAUCGUGAAGCAGAGGCUGCAGCAGUCGGCUGAUCUCGUCAGCUUCAUCCUGGAGCUGAAGACCGUCUUGGAAGUGGGUCUGAAGAGCCGCCCUGAGUGCCGCUCCAUCCCGCCUCCACAGUAUUACUCGCAGCUCAUCUCUGAGAUGGAGACCCUCGGGUGGGCCAAGCUGCUCUCCAUCGACACCGAGUUCCAAACGCUGAGACUGAAGGCGGAGGACUCCUCAGGAAGGCAGCACGUCCUCACUGUUAAACUCAAGUCUAAGCACCCUGCAGAGGCCCCCGAAUGCUCCGCUGACCUGCCGGUCCCUCUGGUCAUAACCUGGACACCACAGAGCACUCUGGACCAGCUCCACAGCCAGUUCCUGCUGCUGCUGGAGUCCCUGACAGAGUUCUGGGACGUCCUGGACGAGAUCGACAGCAGGACCUGGAUUCUGGAGCCAGAAAAACCCAGCCGCUCCGACACCACGAGGCGUAUCGCCAUCGGGAACAACGUGUCCAUCAAAGUGCAGGUGGAUCCCAGACACCCCAAGAUGCUGCCGGAGUGCUGCCUGCUGGGAGCCGAGCACGUGGUGACUCCGCUGAGGAAUAAACUGAACGCCAACAUGCAGCUGUGGUAAGAUUCUCUGCUUCAGAAAGACUUUCACUGGGUGGUGAGCCAACAGAAGCAUUUAUUAAUGAUGAUAUCUGUAUUAUUAUUUUCCAGUUAAUAGGUUAGAUCACUUUAUUUGUACCCACAGGUAGAUUUGGUUUCCGAUAAAAUAUUCCUCCGUACAAAAAUGUAAAAACAGCAACCAUCUCAGAGCAGUUUGUAUCAGUGAGGAACCUGACGACCCUGCAGGGUUCCCACAGUGCUGGACAACCUGGAGAUGUAGAGACGAAGUUUCCAAGACUUUCAGUACGUUUCUUCUCGUUGUUCGAUUAGCUCUUUGGUCAGGACGCCUACUAGGGGUCGCCAAAGAUUCACGUUGGGUCGCAAGGCCUUCUUGAUUUUAAGGGGAGUAACAAAACGUUAAAAAUAUACACAGUAGGUCUAAAUCUCAGCACUGUGUUCAUUUCUGUGAUGAAAAAUAAUAUUAUUAAGAUCUAAACUGUGAAGAGAGUUUAUUCACGGAGCUUCGUCUCUGAUCAACAGCCUCAUCCUGCAUCAAAAAACAACCAAAGAGC